GUUACAUUUUCCACACAUAUUUAGCAUAAAUGAAUUGCACUAAUUACGCGACUUCGGCCACGAAGAGGCAGACCCCGAUUCGGCAGGUGGAUCGCUCUAUAUAAGCUUACAGCAAGCAGCAGCAGCAAUCACAGUUCAAAUUGCUCUCAGCCCUCAAGAGCAGCUCCACAUAACUCAGACACAAUGGCAUUCAGGUACAUCGCACUCUUCGCUCUGAUCGCCGCCGCCAGCGCCGGUCUCCUGCCCGCCGCACAGGUCUACCAUGCUGCGCCCGCUGUGGCCCACUACGCCGCACCCGCCACCGUUGUCAAGACAAUUGCGCCCGUGGCCCAGCAUGUGAUCACCAAGGCGGCCGAGGAAUACGAUCCCCAUCCUCAGUACAAGUACGCCUACGACGUGCAGGAUGCCCUCUCUGGUGACUCCAAGAGCCAGGUGGAGGAGCGCGAUGGUGAUGUCGUCCGUGGCGAGUACUCCCUGAUCGAUGCUGAUGGCUACAAGCGCACCGUCCAGUACACCGCCGAUCCCAUCAACGGCUUCAACGCUGUGGUCAACCGUGAACCCCUCGUCAAGGCCGUUGCCGUUGCUCCCGUUGUGAAGACCGUUGCCGCCGCCCCCGUUGCCCACUAUGCUGCCCCCACUUUGGCUCACUAUGCAGCCCCAGCUGGCCACUAUGCCACAUAUGCCGCGCCAGCUGUUGCUUACCAUCAUUAA